AUGUCUCAUCAAUAUCACAGCGACGAGAGCCAGCAAUACGCGUACAACAGAAGUGGCCAGUAUGGCUUGUCCCAGCAAUCCUUCCAGUCAUACCCGCAUCAACUCCUUCCGCCGUACAACCCUCACUCCGCUGAUCAAUCGCCGUUGAAUUCCUCGUACACCUGCUCCCAGCCUCUCUACCCGCAGUCGCCUCCAAGUUCGUUGGCGUCUCCUGGAUAUCAGUAUCCCCAGCAAUACGCGGCGCAAUCGAGGUAUUCGCCCUCGAACCGAUUCUACUUUCACGACUCUCUUCGGGAAGUGGAAAUAGAGAGCCAGGAAUCGUUCAAUGAGCAUACCAUGCUAUCGGAGCCUGUCAUUCCACCUCUCGAAGGCUUUCCAGACGUCAGGGAAUUCGAUCAACUGAUGAAAAGCUAUGUAGAUGAUUUGUCCGUCAAGAAGCAGGAUAAGGCCCUCAUUCACUCAAGAAGAGCUCGAAAUAUCAGAAUCGUUCUACUGGACCCAAAAGACACUGCGAUUGAAUCGGCCCAGUUCAGGUUCUGGGUGAAGAAAAUGUUCAAACUUGAGCCUAAUGACGGCAGAACUCCUGAGGUAUAA